AGUGUAGAGUCAGAGAAACUAAAAACAUAUGUUCUCUGGACAUACACUGUAUGUAUAUGUAUAUAUCAGCCGUUAUUUAUUCUUAUUAAACGCGAAAAUAUAGUGGAAGAAGAAGAAAAAAAGCGCAAACAAGUGUAAACAAGUGCAAGCAAGUGAAAUAAAAUUUUUAAAUUUAAAAAUUUCGAAGAGGAAUCUAUUUUAAAACAUUAAAAAAAAUAAGUGAAAUGAAAAGAAGACAUUUUGCUAAUUGUCUUUCAAAAGAAAAAAGGACUUUCCAGUCCAAUAUAAAAGUUAUAAAAAAAUAUUUGAAAGGUGAAAGUGAAAAUGAAAGUGGAAGUGUUAGUUCAAGUGCGUUUUUUGAAGGGAUUCCUCUUGUAAGUAAUUGGGAACCUGAUCCUUCAGUGUUAGGUUCAGUAGUAGCAAAUUAUGAAAGUGAUGCUAGUUCUGAUUCUGAGCCCGAAGCGUCCACCUCUAUAGGGUUUAGUGUCGUUUCAGAAAAUAACGACGAAAUAAAUAAAUGUAAUGAAAUUAAGUCGUGGGCUAUCAGAAACAACAUAUCGCAAAUCGCUUUAGAAGAUCUUCUAAAAACAUUGCGCAAAGUAGGUGUUGAUGGUAUGCCACUAUCUGCAAAAACACUACUAAAUACUAGUAAAGAAAAAAUAAAUAUCACUGAAAUGCAAGAUGGGGAAUUUUUGUACCUAGGAAUUCAAAACUAUUUUGUUUCAAGUCCUUUUAAUUACUUGGAAGGGAAAAAUGAGGUUUAUUUAGAUAUAGGAGUUGAUGGGUUAAAAUUGUACAAAAGUUCAAACAGGGUAUUAUGGCCUAUCUUGGGUUCAGUUGUAGGUUUCCCUAAUAUAAGCCCGUUUAUGAUAGCAUGCUAUUCCGGGUUCAAGAAGCCAAGUAACAUAGAUCAAUUCAUGUCCGAAUUUUGUGCCGAGGUCGUGUCGCUAAGGGCAACCGGCAUUAAAGUUGGAUUUAAGCCAAACGUUUUGAAAUUUAACAUUCGUCUUUUUGUUUGUGAUUCCCCAGCGAGGGCUUUUGUAACAGGUGUUAUAUCACACAACGGGAAAAAUGGUUGUCCAAAAUGCUGCCAGGAAGGUACUUACCAAAAAAAUAGAGUAAGUUUUCAAAAAAAAAUCGGUUCCUUAAGAUCGGAUACAACGUUUAUGUUACGUUCAAAUCCUGCGCAUCAUUUGGAAGAUUUCAAAUUCAAAAAGAGCAUUUUGGAAGAAUCAGAUUUUGGGAUGGUUUCUCAGUUUCCCCUUGAUAGUAUGCACUUAGUCGACUUAGGAGUAACAAAGAAAUUACUUAAACUUGCAACAAGGCCAAUCAUACUAUUAUUAACGAAAAGCUUGACUAUGUCUCUAAAUUUAUCCCAUCAGAGUUUGGCCGCAUAUCUAGAAGUUUAG